AUGAAAUUAGAAAAAUUUAUUUAUCAUAUGUGGCAUCCUUACAAAAAUUAUAUUUUUCAAACAUGCAUAAGCAAACAUUUAUAUCAUUUUAAUAAAAUUUACUGUACAAACUCUCAAUCAGAAGUUAUUAAAGAAUAUGAAAUACCAAUAGAAAAUAUACGUAAUUUUAGUAUUAUAGCACAUGUUGAUCAUGGCAAAAGCACACUUGCUGAUAGACUUUUGGAAUUAACAGGUGCAAUAAAAAGCAAUUCUGGUAAACAAGUGUUAGAUAAGUUACAAGUUGAAAGGGAACGUGGAAUUACAGUUAAAGCUCAAACAGCUUCCCUUAAUUAUAUGUAUAAAGAAACCAAAUAUCUUCUUAACUUAAUAGAUACACCUGGUCAUGUUGAUUUUUCUGCUGAAGUGUAUCGUUCAUUAGCUCCUUGUCAAGGAGUAAUUUUAGUAAUAGAUGCAAAUGAUGGAAUACAAGCUCAAACUGUGGCUAACUUUUACUUAGCCAAGAAACAAAAUUUAAUUAUAAUACCAGUGGUCAAUAAAAUAGAUUUAAAAUUUGCUAAUCCUGAUAGAGUGAUAAAUCAAUUAGAAACAUUAUUUGACAUAAAAAGCUCAGAUGUUUUAAAAAUAUCUGCUAAAUUAGGUACUGGAGUACCUAAAAUUUUAGAUGCCAUAGUUGAAAAAAUUCCACCCCCUGAUGUAUGCAGAAACAAACCAUUUAGAGCAUUGAUAUUUGAUAGUUGGUAUGAUAAAUAUAAAGGAUCUAUUUUAUUGAUAUAUAUUAAAGAAGGAUUUUUGUCUUUAAAACAAAAUAUCACUUUAAUGUAUUCUAACAAAUCUUAUGAAGUUAGAAAUCUUUCAUUAUUAAGACCUGCUGAAGAAUAUGUAAAUAAAUUAUUUGCAGGUCAAAUAGGAUGUAUUUCGUGUAACAUAAGAUCUUCCAAAGAAAUAUUUAUUGGAGAUACAUUGCACAUGAAAAAUCAUAUCACAGAACCUUUAUUAGGUUUUAAAUCACCAAAACCAAUGGUCUUUUCAGGUGUAUAUCCAAUUGAUCAAUCACAAUUUAAAACUCUGCAAAUUGCUAUUGAAAAAUUAACAUUAAAUGAUAGUAGUGUUUCUAUAACAUCUGAAACUAGGUACGUUUCUCAAUAUUUUACAAAUCUAUUAAUAAUUUAAAUAAAAAAAAAGGUAAACUACAAAGUAAUAGAUGUAUUUCGUGUGUACUUAAUUUAUCUAAUUACAUUUCAUUUAACAUGUUUUUAUUUUAGUGUAGCUCUUGGACAAGGCUGGAGAAUUGGAUUUUUAGGUUUGUUACAUAUGGAAGUAUUUAUGCAACGACUUGAACAAGAAUAUAAUGCAUUAUCAGUUGUUACAACACCUAGUGUUACAUACCAAGCAAAAAUUAUUGGCAAAAAAAAUAUAAAAAUAUAUAAAGGUGAUAUAAUUUCAUUCAAUAAUGCUGCAAAUUUUCCUGAUCCGCAAAUUGUGGAGGAAUUUUAUGAACCUAUGGUAUUAGGAACUAUCAUAACACCAACUGAAUAUUAUGGUGCAGUAAUAUCUUUAUGCAUUGAAAGACGUGGAGUAGAACAAUUAACAAAAGAUAUUGGGCAUGGUAGAACAUUGCUUCAAUUUUUACUACCACUAAACGAAAUUAUUAUUGAUCUACAUGAUACACUAAAAAGUGUAACCUCAGGAUAUGGUACUUUUGAUUAUGAAGAACAUGGUUAUGAAUCUACAAGUAUUAUAAAGUUAAAUAUAGCUUUAAAUGGUAAAGUAGUGGAAGAAUUUAGUACUAUUGUACAUAGUAGCAAAGUUCGUAAAACAAGCAAACAGAUAUGUGAAAAAUUGGUAAAUAUUCUCCCACGUCAAUUAUUUGAAAUAGUAAUUCAAGCAGUAGUUAAUGGAAAAGUAAUUGCAAGAGAAACAUUAAAACCAUACAAAAAAAAUGUAACUGCAAAACUGUAUGGUGGUGAUGUUACUAGAAGAAUGAAAUUAUUAGCUCAACAAACAGAAGGAAAAAAAAAGAUGAAAAUGAUUGGAAAAAUAUGUGUACCACGAGAAACAUUUAUAAAUGUUCUUAAGAAAUAG